GCUCGAUCAUGUCUAGUUGGGCUGCCCCUGCCUGCCUGCCUGCCCGGUUGCUGGUGCAAGAUACCGAGGAGGCGGACGGGAAGGGACGGUGAGGUGACAUAGACAUAGACAUACAUCCCCCCGGCCCGGCCCCCGCCGUCGGCGACCAGCUUCCCCCUCCAUCAAGCCUAUAAGUAGACGGCCAUGCGUUGCGGCAAACAACAACUCGAGAGGCACACCCACACAAGCAGCGACUGAGCGUCAUCACAGGUCCAAGGUGGUUGUUGGUUGCAAUGGCCGGCUGCGGAGGGAAGGAUGGCCUGUACGCCGUGCUCGGCGUCUCCAGCGACUGCUCCGAUGCGGAGCUGCGCAGCGCCUACAGGAAGCUCGCCAUGAAAUGGCACCCGGACAAAUGCGGCUCCGGCGGCGUGGAGGCCGCCAAAGCAAGGUUCCACAAGAUCCAGGCAGCAUACGCAGUUCUGUCGGAUCCCAACAAGCGUAUCCUCUACGACGUUGGUGCCUACCACAGCGACGGCGACGAUGAGGGUGCUGGAGACAUACUGGGAGACAUCCUGGAGGCCAUGAACCACACACCUCCACACGAAGACGGCGAGGGCGAGAGCCUGGAGGACCUGCACAAGCAGUUCGACGAGCUGUUCCUCAAGCCCGACGCCUACUCCUCCAAGUCGCCGCCGCCGUCCUCUUCCUCCUCCAAGACAAGGGCAGGCAAGAAGUAG